AGUGUCUGAACAACACAUUUUAUAUUCUCGGAUUAUAAUCAUCAUUUAGGCUCAUUAGACCGGGGGAAAGUAACCAACUCAUGUCAAAUAAAGCAAAUGAAAAAAGGAAACAUUCCCCUCUAAGAUGAAGUACAACGUAACAUCAAAUUUAAGUAUUAAAACACUUUCCACUACUGCAAACAGAUGACUCGUUAAUACUAGAACACACGAGUAUGUCAGAAUAAACCACGUUGCACCAUUGAUCCAAGUGAGUGAGACGCGUGCGUCGCUGGAUCGCUGCUGCAUUGCGUAACGGGAGCAGCUGAGCCCGCGGAGCAUCGCGCCUGUUUACCGGGAGGGAAGAAGUGAGCAGGCUUUCCGUUCCGCGCGUCACUCCAUGGCACAGCGUGAGGGGGAAAAGGGAGGAGGAAGAGGGCGUGUUCUUCCUCCCCCUCUCCCUCCCUGCUGCUGCACACCGAUGAGUCGGUGUUAGUAGGCUACCUGAGGACUGAACCUUCAACCCGCGGAUCCGCUCCCAGCAGCAGCACCAGCGCCAUGGGCAACUCCGCGUCCAGUCUGCUGGAUGACGCCAAUUCCAACUUCAUAAAAGGCCGGGCCGAGGCCGAGCUGAGAGAGUUCAGUCCGUACUACAGGAAGCAGUUCUCCCUGGCUCGUUUCUCCAAGGUCGAAGAUGACCUGGAGCAGCACAAGGAGAAGAUCACACAGCUGCUCAAACAGAGGGGGGCUCCUGAGGGGGGCGAGGUCCUGUACGAGGAUCCCGUCCUUUACUUUGACGACACCAGGAAGUGGAGGGAGAGGUACGUGGUGGUGAGAGCCAACUAUUGCCUGGAGUGUCACGACGGCCUGGAGAGCUUUGUCAAAGGGAUUCCUCCCCGUCAGAAUCUGCUGCCUACAGGGGGCACCGUCCUGACCACGGAGGAGAAGUACAUGGUCAUGGUGGACAAGUGCUUCCCCGAUGACACCAGCGCGAAGGAGGACUUUGCUCCUCCUCUGUCGGGGAUGCCCGGGCAGUUCCCCGUUUACCUGCGUCUGCCCUACAGGAGAGACUACUACUUCUGCUUCAGAAACGAGGCCAAAAAAGAGGCCUUCCUCUCCAUCCUGUCGGACUGCAUCAGACACCAGAACCAUGACUUCCUGAAGAAGAAGACGUGUGAAGUGCAGGCCUUCCUCAAAGCCAUCCAGCUCUACAGGCAGGACAAAGGCCAAUACGAGCCCUGGGACAUGCUGAUAGGAAGCGAUGUCAGGGUGAUGGCCAACCUGGUGAUGGAGCAGCUGCUGCCGAUUCUUCAGAAAGAUCUGCUGCCUCGCCUUAAAUCCAAGAAGGCAGAGAGGAAGAGAGUCUGGUUUGCCACGGUGGAGGCGGCGUACAUCGUGGUCCAGGAGCGUUUGUUGGAGGGACUCGCCGCACUGAAGGAGGAAUGUCAAACGUCAGUCCGGCAGCAGGAGGUGCUCAUCCACUCCGACAUGGACCAGAUCCUCAAUACCAGACGGCAGCUGGAGGAAAAAGUCCGAGACAGAGUGUCGGCGCGAGCAGAGAAGCUGUUCUCCGAGUCCGUCCAGCCGUACCUGGCCUCCGUCCUGGAGGAGCUGAUGGAGCCGGUCAGCUGCGGCUUCCUGGAGGGACGUCAGCUGAGCGAACACGCCAUGGACCAGGUGUGUCAGGACGUCCUGCGGCUGGCAGACAAGGAGGAACUGAGGAAGGCUCUGGCAGACAUGGCCAGACCCAACCUGCUCAGCUGCUACCAGAAGAUCGCCUCCCUGCAGGAGAGACUUCAGGACCUGCAGAAGAGGUUCGGUUUAUCCAGCAUUUCAAGAGUGAUCUACAGCGCUCAGAUCGACCUGCAGCAGCUGAUUGAGAAUGCAGCGUACACGUUUGAGCUGCUGCUCCACAAAGCCGUCCAGGACAACCCCAACAACCCCGGCCCUGCCAUUGAGAAGGCCAAACCCAGAGUGCUCAAGCAAUACGACUACGACAGCAGCACGGUGAGGAAGAGGAUCUCCAGGGAGGCUCUGGUCUACAUCACUCUGCCCUUCAUCAAGAAGACCUUGUCCUCCUGCAGAACUGAGCUGCAGGGUCUCGAGCAGUCAGUCUACGCCGAACACUCCAACUUCAUUCAUAUUGAGAACAUCUACGAGAGCAUCCUCCUGGAAUCUCUGGACAAGGAGGUCACCAAAGUGGUGAAGGAGGCGGCCAGCCUGAAGAAGUACAACCUGUUCACAGACAGCAGAGACCUGCUCAGUCAGUCCAGCCGCUCCAGCCUCUCCUCCCCGCCCGUCUCCACUCCGGGUACCCCGGCAAUGGAGCUCGCCUCCCUCCUUAAGACGUCGGUCGAGCCGCAGCCGCCGUCGCCUCUGGUGCUGAACGGCCCGUCGUCCGUCCUCCUGAGGGAAGGGCAGCCGGAGAAGAGCGUAAACUUGAUGGACACGCCCCUUGUUGAGACGCCACCGGGGGUGAUUGGACAAAAAGAUGCACCUAAGAUUGUCACAGUUGCGCAGGAGGCAGAGCCAACAUCGCUCACGGAAGCCUUCCACACUGUGGGGGAAGCAGGACCCCCAACAUCCACCGCGAGCGAGACCCAGAUGGUUAAAGUGGAAGCGUCUCCAGAGACGGUGAUCCAAAAGGAGGAGACCUCUGCAGAGCCAGAAACAACGGAGAUGGCCGCUGAGCCUCAGGUGCAGCGGACGGAUGCUCCGAAAGAGGCCGAAGUUGCGUUGCCGGAAAUCCCCACGGUUGCAGAAAGCACGAAGACCAACGUGGAAGAUGCAGCAGCACAGAGAGGAGCUCCUGCACCAAGUCGAGACCCUACUAAUGAACCACAAGACCUUUUAACAAAGACCACUGUUUCUGUAACUACACCCAGCAGCGUAAAAGAGAUGAACUGUGGAAACUCCGAAAUCAACAUAGAGGCUCCCCCUAGUGGUCAAACACCCGAACUCCUAUCCGACAUCCAUCCCAGCAUGGACAUGAAGCUACUGGAGGCAGAACCAGUGACCGCCUCCGUGUCGGUGGGGAGUGAGAUGGCCCCGUCAGAGGUGGAGUCCACGGUGGACAUGAAAACCGCUCAGAACAGCGAGGACGAGGUCCCAGAGGCCUCCGGCAAAUCACCGGUCAGCUCGGGCGAAACCAGGGGCGACGAGCCGUCCCCUCAGGCCCAGACAGAAGCCGCGAGGGAGGGCGGCGGCGGCAGAGACGCUGAGGCGGGAGCGAGCGUGGAGCCGUCAGCUGAGGCGGCAGAUUCCGCAACCUGUCCGGCUGCUGAGCCCGCAGAGGAGGAGAGCCCUGAAGCCAAGCCCAUUGGCUGCAUCAAGGAGAUCCGUGACCUGGUGGAGGAGGUGAUCGAGGUGGAGGAGUUGGUGAAGCGCUAUCCCUGCGGCGUGCCAAGAGAGGAGGAGGAGGAGGAGGAGGAGUGAGGCGUGAGGAACUGCAUUACUGUGAUUUCUUUCAGAAGAACGAGGGACAAAAAUGAUUCUGAAUGUUCUGCUGAAGGGAACCAGAUCAUCACCAGGACAGAGCGUCGCGCCUCAAACCGUCCUGGAGUCAAAACAUUUGUUUCCGAGAACAGAAUCCGAUUAAGAGAGACAUCUGAGAAACAUUCACAACAGCUUCCAUGAACUUUUUUUCUUCUUUUUUUUUUUUACAUAUAUGCAUGACAUUAUGGUAAAUUAUUUAUACAAAUCUAUAUAUCAGCUCUGCCGGGUGUCUAAAACGAAGAUUCAGUAAAUUCCUUUUCAAACUAGAAUUAUUUUUGCGCAAAAAUGUUUUAGAAAAUCUAGAUUUUGAACUUUUAUGUCAAGUUUGGGAAAUUGCGUUAUGCUGCCGUAAAUUACUAAUAUAUUUUAAAAUGAGUAGUAAAGCAUUUUAGAGAAUAUUUCUAGACGCUCUGACAGUAGGAUGCGUAGAUGGAUGUUAAUCCUGGUACCAAUUCUCCUUUUAUGAGCCAAAGUCAGAACGUUGUUAGCUUAGCUUAGCGGCCAGCUUGGUCCAGUGUGAAAAUAACAUUCCGGUCGCUGUGAAAUACGGGCAGACAUGAGAUUUGUAUCCAUCUCUAUAUUUCAAUCUAUUUUAAUUUCCUAAAAUGACAAACUAUUUCUUUAAACAAACUGGGUUUUAAUUUGCUUAGGAAUGACUGGAACCACCACGACGAAAUUUCAAAUUAAAGCUCUAAUUAGCGAUUAGAGAUAACGAGCAUUUCCAAUGUAUCUCACCACGAGGGGGGCGAGCAGCAGGCUGACGCAGUAAACGAGUUCCCUGGGUGGGGGGAGGUGGGGGGGUGCUUUGCUUCCACGGCGUUGUCAGCUUUUCCAGAGUAUCGCAGAGUGGCGGCUAUUUGCAUUGUAUUGUAUUCAUGCUGUGAAUGUUAAAUGCGGUUUCUUCAAUGUGAUUAUUUUAUAACCUGCUGAAGGACUUUCCUAUAACUCUGAAGGAAACUAAAGAAGUAGCUCAUCAAAAUGCCUUUUACAGUACGUCCAUGCUGCCUUACUUCACAAAAUGAAGGAAACCCUCUUCCGUGGCGUGGAAGCGGUUGCCGUAGGAACCGGUCCGAGUCUCCGUACCUGUGCCUUUUUAACCAGUGUAGGCCGUCUUACACAAACGUGGUUAGUGGAACAGUUUACAGAGCGAGUGCAAGGAGAGACACUUGACCAUUUACUGUCAACGGGAUGAAUGUUAACGGAAACAUUGUGUGGAAAUAUUAAAUAAAAUAUAAGUCUACAAAAAUAAA